UCUGCCAGACACAGGUGCCAGCAUCGCAGACAGGGCAGACAGGCAGACAGACAACUAUACCAUGUAUGUAAACUCGGGAGCAGAAAACGUCACCCUGUCUCUAAACUUCAUGGGGAGGAAGUUGCGAAAUCACACAGUCGCCCCGGCUGCCAAGCAACGAGCCUGGGAGAGCACCAACCUGUCCAGGUGUGAUGAUGAUGAUGGCGGUCCUGCCGGUUCCUCCAGAACGGUCCGAGCACAGCCAGCGGUGUGUGUACGGGAGGAGCUGCCGGGGAGCAUCCCAGACCUGAGGGAGGAGGUGCAGCACUGCCGACCCUGUAAUGUCCACAACACCCGCCUGGAUCCAGAGUCCAACACAGGUAAGAUCCGAGUGCUCUGCCGCAUAAGGCCUCAGACGCGGGCGGAGCUAGCAAAGGGUAGAAGCUCCAUUGUGUCAUGUUUGGAUGACUACUCUGUCAUACUGGAAACUCCUCGAGGACCACGGGAGUUUCAGUUUGAUAGGAUCUUCACCGCAGAGAGCAAUCAGGAUGAGGUGUUUCAGGAGUCCAGCAGGCUCAUCCAGUCAGCAAUUGAUGGCUUCAAUGUGUGCAUCUUUGCAUAUGGGCAGACCGGCUCUGGGAAAACCUUUACUAUGGUGGGGGACAGAGAGCAUAAAAACCCUGGAAUCAUACCCAGAACCUUCACUAGAGUCUUUGAAAUCAUCCAGGAGAACGAGAUGAAAUUCGAGUUCAAGGUUUCAGCCUCCAUGCUGGAGCUGUAUAAUGACCGGCUACAGGACCUCUUUGUGAGCCCGGCUGAGGCGUUGUCCAAGCGGAUCGAAAUUAAGAAGGACAAAAAGGGGCUUGUGUUUGCCCAGGGAGCAGAGACAAAGGAGGCAACCAGUGCCGGAGAGCUCUUCGCCCUGUUCGAGCAAGGCUGCGCUAACCGCCGUAUAGCCGCCACCAAGAUGAAUGUGGAGAGCUCUCGAUCUCACCUGAUCUUUAGCAUCAUGCUGGAGAGCCGCAACCUGACCAAUGGCAGCGUCAGCUUCGGGAAGCUCAACCUUGUCGACCUGGCUGGUAGCGAGAGAGCGGCGAAGACAGGGGCAAAAGAUGACCAGCUCAAGGAAGCAAACUCUAUCAACAAAUCUCUGAGUGCACUGGGUGAUGUGAUUUCAGCUCUGGCGAUGGAGCAAUCCCAUGUGCCCUACCGCAACAAUAAGCUGACCCAGCUCAUGCAGGACUCACUGGGGGGCAACGCCAAAACUCUCAUGUUCCUCAACAUCUCCCCUUCUGACUGCAACCUGGACGAGACCCUUACCUCACUCAUAUAUGCCUCCCGAGUGAAGGCCAUCACCAACCAUGCACAAAGAAACACGGAGAGCAAAGAAAUCGCUCAGCUCAAAGAGGUCAUUUUGAAACUGAAGUCAGGACAGCCUGUUGAAGAAGUAGAUGUUUGA